GAUGACCUUUUUUGCUUGCUGCAGGGCUGAUUUCCUCCAAGAGGAAGGCCGUAGCAGCAGCACCGGUUCAACGCCUAGGAAAAGCAGCAAGAGGAGGAAUAAAAGAAGGUUUAUUAACAGGAGAUUACACAGUAUUAAGGCCAAUAAUUUUACUGAUCAUUCCAAAAUGAUGUCCAUUGCUACCGUUGUUAAGACCCUCUCUUUAAGGAGUACCGCGACCAAAGGAAAGAAACAGCAGCAGAUGAUUGAGCAUGAGAGAUCAGUCGCAGGUCAGAAAAUUUCAGCUCAGACAUUCACAUUUCGACAAAUGGCUAUCGCAACCAAUAACUUCAGCAUCGAAAACCUUGUGGGUGAAGGAGGAUUUGGCAGGGUAUACAAAGGCUACAUUGAAGGUGUAGAUGAGGUUGUGGCCGUGAAGCAGCUUGACAGGAAUGGAAUGCAAGGAAAUAGGGAAUUCCUUUCUGAAGUUUUCAUGCUCAGCCUUGUCGAUCACCCGAAUCUGGUCAAUUUGAUUGGAUAUUGUGCUGAUGGUGAUCAGAGAAUUUUGGUAUAUGAGUACAUGGCUGGUGGGUCAUUGGAAGAUCAUCUUCUAGAUCUUCCACCAGACGCAAAACCGUUGGAUUGGUAUACUAGGAUGAAGAUAGCAGAGGGAGCUGCAAAAGGGCUUGAGUACUUGCACGAGAUUAGCAAACCGCCAGUGAUCUAUCGUGAUUUCAAAGCAUCAAACAUCCUUUUAGAUGAAGAAUUCAAUCCUAAACUCUCUGAUUUUGGGCUUGCUAGAAUAGGUCCAACCGGAGAAAAGGAUCAUGUCUCAACUAGAGUCAUGGGGACCUAUGGAUAUUGUGCACCUGAGUAUGCAAUGACUGGUCAGCUCACCACCAAAUCUGAUGUUUACAGCUUUGGAGUUGUCUUUCUUGAGCUUAUCUCGGGGAGGAGAGCGAUCGAUACUACUAAACCAACUUCUGAACAGAACCUGGUUAGUUGGGCAGAACCAAUGUUCAAGGAUAGGAAAUUGUUCACGACAAUGGCUGAUCCAUUACUAGAAGGGAACUAUCCUGUCAAAGGCUUGUAUCAAGCCCUUGCAGUCGCAGCUAUGUGUCUUCAAGAAGAGGCUAGCACACGGCCUCUGAUAAGUGAUGUUGUAACUGCUCUCGAGUUCCUAGCAUCACCAGAAGACGAUCUUGGCAACCUUAGAUCAGAUUCACUCAUCAUUAAAGCUGUCGAGGAAGCCAACAGACAGAGCGAUCAAGAGGAAUAUAUACAAGACGAUCAACAGGAAGACGAAGAAGAAAAUAAAGAGGAAAAUCGAGAUGACUACACAGUAGAAGUAGAUUCAUUACCCGAAUAUACACUUUGAUGCACAAAGGUUAUGAGGUCA